ACCUCGAGUUGCAUGGCUCCGGGAUCGAUGGUUCCGUGCCUGAGAUGGUUCUGGAUCGCUCCCACCAGUGGUCUGCGUGCCGAGGACCAUCGCGAGAAUCGAACAGGGCCGCGCAUUAUACGCGUAGUGUAGCCUGCUAAGGAGACGACACGCGUUUAUAUACGCGAGCGAUACGAAACUACUUGAACAACGUUCUUUUUAUUCCUGUCAUUGUAGAGAAUUCCAAAUCACGAAUCUAUAUGGUACGAGAAACCGCGUCGAUAAAGUGCACACGAUUGAUCGAGAAUUCAAUCGUGCAUGUAACGUAAUCAUUGGUCCAGAGCACAUCUCGAGCGCCGCCAACCACUGCCACGUGAAAUUCGUAAAGUGCAUGCGUACACAUCAAAAGAAGCGUACCUAUAGGUUCCCGAAUACCGUGACGCGCAAAGCGAGCGCGCGACCUGUUCAAUUCUUACGGCCCUGCCAGUUAGUAUAUCGCGGAAUUUCGCGGUCGAACGAGUCAACGGCCUUAUCGUCGUUCACAUUUAUGUCUUAAGAUCGACUCGUGUUUCUUCUUUUUGCACUCGUUAUCGCCUAUUCGAGCGGAAACGACUCACAACGGAUAACAAAACAAAGUUUAAAAAUUUCUGUUGCUACGCUUAUAGGAUGUCACAGUAGAGAGAUAGAGGAAGAAAGAGUGAGAAAUCGAUCUACGAUCAUCGGCUCUAAAAAAAGAAAUCGGGAAGUAGGAAGGAAGACGGAGAAGAAAAGAAGAGGGCGCCAGUACAGAUAUAUCGGUGAGUGUGACUGGACGGAAAGACGUGGGCGAUUCCCAAGUACCGGCCUCCUGGUCCGUCGUGUCGUUUCGAGUGUGUCAGUGAGUUUGUGGAGGCGAACCUAACCUAGUCGUCGGGUGCGCACUAUCGAUCAAGAAGCCAUCGGUUUAAAGAGGACUUGACUUUUUUUGUGGGUACAGGUUAUGUAUACGUAAUUUCGCGGUCGGUGUAAACACGUUUUGAGCGUUUCGUUAAAUUUCGCGCUAAAUUACGGCGAGCUGCUUCUAACUGCCUAACUUGCCUGUUACGAACGUGAAUUCAAAGGAAAAAACUGUGUGCAAACAGAGUCAGAUUGAAAGAGAACAGUGGAAGAAAGUCGAAGACAAUAGAAGAAACGCAACGAAAGGAGUGACAACUACUAGAAAUCGGAAGUGAUCGUGUUGUGUAUUGGAAACGAUUCUAUGCGGCAAGAUGAUGGAGACACAGAAUUACUGGGAGGACAACUCCGCUCAUUCUAUGCAAGUAAAAUACGAGAGCAAGAUCCAAUGUCUCAUAGGAUUAUCGAAAAACGCAGGAGAGAUCGUAUGAAUAAUUGUUUGGCCGACUUGAGUAGGCUCAUACCGGCCGAGUACUUGAAGAAAGGCCGAGGAAGAGUGGAAAAGACCGAAAUCAUUGAAAUGGCUAUACGUCACAUGAAACAUCUUCAAGGUCUUCGACAAGAGUCGAAACACCCAGCCGUGACGUCGGUGCACACGCAUCCAGAAGACAGCGUGGACAGUGUAUCGCAUUCGACUAUCGCAUCUACCGCGGCAGAACACUACAGGCUGGGUUUCCAAGAGUGUCUGAGCGAAACCGUGCAUUUCCUCGUGGAGGUGGAGGGCUUUUUUGCCAGAGACUCUUUAUGUGUUCAACUGAUCAAUCAUUUGCAGCAGCACUGCGAGAAGAUCCUAGCUACCAGUGACAGGCUAGGUUUCCCUCAUCCAGAGAUGCCAACCGCGAACGGUAUCGCGAAUGGCUCUAGUUACGCGCACACCAGCAUUCCGACGAUGUGUCAGCCGAACGGUCAUUCGGACCACGGCUCGAGCUCCGGUGCAAGUUCCUUCGGUGAUCCGGAGCGUCCUCUGCGCCCAGCGAUCAUCCCACCGCCGACUAUAGCGAGCGACGACAGCAAUCAUAGCAGCCAUUCGCAUAGUACACCGCCGAGUACCAACUGUAAGCCUUCCAACUACAAGUUCAAGAGCUCUAUCAAGCAAAGGUUCUCAGCGGAGAGGAUAAAAUCCAGUCCCCCGCCUACCAUCAGCAUGGAAAAACCAUCCGCGUCUCACGGAGUUCCGAUCUUUGCCCUUCACGACGGUGGCGCCUUCUACGUUCCGUUAACCGUCGAAGCUUCUCUGUUAAGGCCUCAUCUGAACUUCAUGUCGGACACCGGUCCUGACACGGUGCUUCAUCCGGUCACGAUAUCGGUAAACUUCAACCAUUCGAGUCCGCCAGCGUGGUCACACCACCAUAGUCCUACGCACCAGCAACAGACAUAAACGAAAGUCAGGAAUCGUAUUUGGAUGUAACCCGAUAUCCUGUUUCGCUCGUUCCAACCGUCGAUACACGUGUACGCGUAUACGCGUGUCUUCGUACGUCUUGGAUCCACGAAUCCUAAAUCCGCUCGUGCUAAAAUUGGCGUUGUCGGUAUGCCGAACACCGUGUCACGCGGUGGACGAUGGAGAAUGGACGACGACGCGGAUCGAUCGCGCUCGUUCGAGGACACGAUCGACUACCUAGGAAUCGUGGAAUCGUCGAUUCGUCCAGAUGUUUCGAAGAUCGUGUUCGAUCGGUUCUUGGAAAAGAAACGGUCAUCGUAGCACGGUGACGGCGAUUUUAUUUUCUUUCUGGUUCUUUAGCUUACGUUAACGUCGGAAGAACGCUGGUGUAUAGCGUGUUUUAGCGUUUUACGAAGGAACGAGGUGUCGAGGAUGGUUUUUUCUUUCUUUUGUAUAUUUACCGAGGCUGUGGGUUGUCUUAGCAUUUACGAGAUUUGAGAGAAAGAGCGAUUAUAGAGACGUCGUUGGUAGAGAUCGAGCGUUAGGGCUUGAAGGCCCGAGGUUGCUUUAGCUUCGGUAUGUUUCUCCUUUCGUCGGUAUCGUCACAGUCGAAUCCCGUUUCUCCCACAUUUUUCCCUUCUCCCUUUCUAUUACGUCGAUCUUUGUUUCCUUGUAUCUUCUUUUCAUCCGUUUCAUCCUUCCCCGUGCUUCAUUCUCUCUUUGUUCUUCGGCUGGACAAGUGCGUCGGGCGAUGAAUAAAAGUCGCAACAGUAUCGAACUCGUUGAAUUACGUCAAUCGGAGCGUAAUUAGUAUUAAAUAAAGAUUAAUCGAUGUGUUUAUGUUGGCGAAGCAACCGAGCUACCACCGUAAAAAUACAUAUGUACGUCGAACUCUUUCGUAGCACUGGAGCCUGGAUUGCCCGCAACAUAUUCGAUCGGCCGACAAAGUUCUGUUUUCGAAACGUAAGCUAGCCGACAGAAGUGCCUAAAAUAUUUUCAGUUAACAAAUUCCAUUUAUGUGAUCGUUCCGUAUGUACGAAGAUAGUGGUUUAUUUCUUUUCUGCGGAUAAUUCUGUGUCACGUUCGAUCGCAAGAACGAUCGAUUCUGCUCGGCGCCCUGGCAAACGGGCCUCAGCAAUUAAAGACUGACCAAGACCUGCAUUACACUAAAUUCUUGUAAGAUCAUUGCAUUAAAUAUAUAUUUGUACAUACCACGUUUAGUUGUAACGUUAACGAAGAAUUUAUGCGGAAUAAAUUAUAUUUACCAUA